GCCAGUUAUGCAUAAACGGUUGUAAGGUGCCAAGCACGGGAGGAAGGCGCAUAGCUCGCCCAGUGUGGUUCAGUGUCAGUGUUAUACAGUGAAUGUACACGGUCGAUUUCAGUGGACUUGUACGACAAGGAAGGGUGUGGAGCACCGAGAGCCCUUUUCCGUGGUCGACAUUGAUCUUCGCUGUGGCCAAAAGUAUUGAGUGAGAAUGCGUAAAUUUUGACGACGUGUGACGGUCACGCUCAGGAUUACGUUACUCGUUAUGAGUUUUCCCGUAAGUUUGUUUAACGAUCGAAACGUUCCGUGCAGUGAUCGUAGAACAAUUCGGCAAGUGGAUACCGAGACCUGUAACCUCGAGAAAUAGAAAGGGAACGGAAGAAAAUAACGGUGACGUGCCUGCGUGUAUGUGUGCGAGGAUAUUGUUGCGAGGAAGUCUUCGACAAUAUUUGGAGAGUACAGGACGUAACGUAACGUAACUAGAAGCAUGCCCGGUAAUCGAGGAAGUGCCGUGCUCGGCGUAAUGCCACCGCACUAUUUACACGAGUUGCCGGCGGAAGACGAGGAACGGCUCGAGAAGAUAUUUCAAAACUUAGAUCAGGACGGAAACGGGAAAAUAGACGUGAAAGAUUUGUCGAAAGCGCUCCGCGAGGUCGGAGUCGACAAAUACUAUUAUGCCGAGGAAUUCUUGGCUCGGUCGGACAGCACAAAAAGUGGCGAUAUUAGUCUCGCGGAAUUCAUACAUUAUGUCCGCGAGCAUGAAAAAAAUUUACGUCUACAAUUCACUCAUCUUGACAAAAACAAGGACGGAAGAAUUGACUUGGAGGAAUUAAUAAGAUCGUUCGAAGAGCUAGGGAUAAAGAUGGACUAUGACGAAGCGAAGAAAUUACUGCAACGAAUGGACAAAGAUGGAAGUCUUACUAUUAGCUUCAACGAGUGGCGAGAUUUUCUACUUUAUGCACCAAGUACCGAUCUCCUGGGCCUCAUUGAAUACUGGCAUCAUACGAACUAUAUGGAUAUUGGAGAGGACAUUGGCGUCCCCGAAGAUUUCACGACUAGCGAAAUGGUCUCUGGAAUGUGGUGGCGACACUUGGUGUCCGGUGGUGUAGCGGGUGCUGUUUCACGUACGUGUACCGCGCCUUUGGAUCGGAUUAAAGUGUACUUGCAGGUACAUGGAACUCGACACUGCAAAAUAACGAGUUGCUUCAGGUACAUGCUCCGUGAAGGGGGAUCGACUAGCCUCUGGAGAGGGAACGGUAUAAACGUACUUAAAAUCGGACCUGAAAGUGCGCUAAAAUUCAUGGCGUAUGAACAAAUUAAGAGAGCAAUUAAAGGAAAUGACGUACGAGAGCUCGGACUGUAUGAACGAUUAAUGGCAGGAUCUUUAGCAGGAGGAAUCAGUCAGUCAGCUAUAUAUCCAUUAGAGGUACUCAAAACUAGAUUUGCACUUAGAAAAACUGGUGAAUUUGCCGGUUUACUUGAUGCAACAAAGAAAAUAUAUAACCAAGGAGGUCUAAAAUCUUUUUACAAAGGUUACAUCCCAAAUUUAAUAGGGAUCCUUCCAUAUGCUGGCAUUGACCUGGCUGUAUAUGAAACUUUAAAAAAUAGGUAUUUACGUACACACGACAAAAACGAACCACCACCGUUUUGGAUAUUAUUACUAUGUGGAACCACUUCUAGCACAGCUGGUCAAGUGUGUUCAUAUCCGUUAGCUUUAGUUAGGACACGAUUGCAAGCCGAUAUAGCUCCAGAUAAAUCUCCUAACACCAUGGUUGGUGUUUUUAAAGAUAUUAUUAGAAAAGAAGGUGUCCGUGGAUUAUACAGAGGUUUAACACCAAAUUUCUUGAAGGUGGCUCCAGCUGUAUCAAUUAGUUAUAUAGUCUACGAGAACUUCAGAGGGCUAUUAGGUGUCAAUAUGACGUGAUGAAGAUUUAUAUUAGGUAAUAUUAAUUUUAUUAAAUUAUUCUUUAAAUCUAUCUAAAGAUAUAUAAGCCAUUCAAUCAUCGGCUAGUGUAAUAAGCAAUUCGGGCACAUUCUGCCCUUUGUUGAACGUAACGUCGCUUAUUUAUUGUUAACUUGAGGCUUUUCCAAUUAUUUGAGCGUUCACUAUUUCUAUUUUUCCCGGACGUAUCAAGCUAUCGUCGUAUACCAAUUAAUACACGUUUGUGAAAGAUUUCAAUCAAGAGGCUACUUACAAUAAAAUGGCCAGUAUAGGGAAUUUGAAAUAACUUCUAAUUCAUUUCUGCAUGUACCUAAUGCAUAUUGUAUGUUCGGUAGAUCGCAUUAAUGAUUUGAUUAUAGUCCCUGUUGAUAACUUUCAUUCAUAUCUUUUUUUCUCUAAGAAACAGAACGCAUGUGUAGAUCUUUAAUUUCAAACGAUAGUACAAAUAUCUUCAGAAAAUAAGUAUUACGACUUAAUUUCAUUUUAUCUUUUCUUUUAGUUAUUAAAAUGUAAAAGAAAAUGAAAUUUUUCACACACCAUUUACAAAAUGUUCUAAAAACGAUUUAACAUAUAUAUAUAUAUAUGUACUCAUAUAUAUGUAUAUAUAUAUAUGUAUUGGUAAUACGAAACAUGGUUACAAAUAUACUAGAAAAUGUUACAAAUUGUGAAAAUAGGGGGGGAGUAGGGUUAUAUUGAUACUGUGAUAUGUAUGGUUAUAAGCUAAAUUGGAAAUGUGAUUCAGAGCAUAACAUUCAUUCAUCGAUUGUAAGAAAAUUUAUUUAAUUUUUCUUAAUUCUAUCGUCCAGUUACGCGUUGACAAAUAAUAAUAAUAAUAAUAAUAAUAAUAAUAAUCUCUCGGCAACCAAAAUGUUAUGCUAUGAAUUGCAAUUAGAAAACUGUACGUUUCAUCGAUGUUUUUUAUAGUUCAUGUAUUAAAAUUUACUUCACAAACGGCGUUAUUUAUCACACGUUUGUUCCAACAUAAUUCAUUCUUUAACUAUUGAAUUUUAUGAACAAGCUGUGUAUAUCGUGUAUAUUAUAAAUAUGUACAGUGAUGCUUUAUGGAAGUGUAUCGUCGCAAGAUAGUAUUUAUAGCCACGUCUAUUCACUUUUACUUUUUGAAGUAAUAGCAAGAAUAAUUACAAAUGACAAGUGAUGGUGGUAAUGGUCUGUAAUCUUCGUAAUGCAUUCUGAAUGAACGCGAGCUAACAUUUAUGGAACAAGUUUUAUAAAAUUAGAGGACCUUAUCACUAUUUUCCAUCAACUUUCACAUGGGCAAAAAUCUGCUUAAAUGCAAAAUCACAGAACCCGCGUUUUGGGUAAUUCUAGCAUUUACAUUUUAAGUACAUUUUACAAGAAAGUAUCGUAAUUCGAGUUAACAUCUGGUGUAAUUUUACGUUAUAAGACAGUCAUGAUAUUUUCAGAAGAAAUACUUUGUAAAUAAUUCUUAUAAGUUAAAAGGGAGCUAUACAAAAUUUCUUUUUAAGUACGAAAAUCAAACAUAUUAUAUAGCAUUAUACAAUUUUUUUACAAAAUUUAUAUCCACUCCAAAUUCAGGAAUAGUGCGAAUUGGUGAGAAAUAUUUUGGUUCUUUUUAUGGCUCGAUGUUCAUGUACACGUAAGACUUUUGUAAAAAAUAAACAUAAUUUAUACAUUAUUGUAAAACAAUUUGGUUCCUAAGUAGUUAACACUGGUUGUCGAUUUUGACUGGUAGCAGAUUAUGUAUACAUGUUUAGUUACAUGAUGCAAACGAUCUUCCUGCCUCAACCUAUUAUACAUAUAUGUAUAUAUAUUAAUAAUAAUAAUUAUAUUAAUUCCAUUUAAGAAUAUA